AUGUACAACAAAAUCUUUGAGACAGUUCUCUCCCUUACCCUGGUAUCCCUGUGUAUGGGGACUGAAGGUAGGAACUUGGAUAAUGAGUACCUGCGGUUUGGUCGUCAGCACUUCAACGGUUACAUGAGAUUCGGCAGAGCAGCUCAUGGCCCAAGCGAAGACACCGGAAACUACCCUUUCGUCGCUUUUGGAAAUGGGGAUGACCUCCAACAAGAAUCGAACCCACUCCAAACAAUCGCCAGUUUGAAUGACCGCGAAAACCUCGAAGAUGGCCUGCCUGAGUUGGUUUCAGCUGUACGGAUGGAUCGUAGGAGCAGAGAUCCAUUUCUGAGGUUCGGUCGUGGGGUUCAUUAUUUGAGAUUCGGCCGAGCUGUUCCUUAUUUGAGGUUCGGCAAGAGAAACUUCCCUUACCCGAGGUUUGGAAGAAGUUUCCCAUCGUUGACAAACCAGGCUCUAGAACCUUUCUCCAGUUCUGAGAAAAGUCACGAGGUCCUGCAUCAACCAGAAGAUGUUGCACUUCUAACAGGUCCAGGACUAAGCGAAGAAACUUAUGGUGCCGACAGAAAGAGACGUUCAGUAGAUUCGCAAGGAACACAGGCGCCAGUGAAAACUUGUAUGGAUGGCAUAGACACUAGUGACAGCGAGACGUCCAACAUCCCUCUUGAUCAACUGGAGACAAGAGACACUCGCUCACAGCCCUACAUGAGGUUUGGGAAGAAACGUGCCCUUGAAACCAGCAACAACAACAAAUACACCUGGGACAAGCAAUUGGAACUGUACACGAAGAACCAAGCAGACAAGAGGAAACAAGAAUACAUGAGAUUUGGCAGGUCCAAAGAAGAGAGCUCACUUUAA